AUGUCCCCAUCACCAGAAAGUCGAACAGCAAGGGAAAGAACGCAGAAAAUGAAUCAGAAGACGCAAGCAAGUCGUAUAAAUUCAUGCGGAGAUACAGAUCGACUGUUUUACACAUUUUUGACUGCUAUGCAAGUUCCGUACAGACGGCGACACGAUAGAUCCUUGUGUUUCAUGAUUCUUGAAUCUACAAAAAGAUUUGCGAUUGUGCAUUUUACUGUGGAUCAUCAAGGUCGAUUUGCCGCAGAAUACCGAAAAGGAAAGGCGUAA